AUGUGGUAUUGCAUGUUUGUAUGUGAGCUUGGACUGCAGCCAAUGCAUAAUCAAACCUCUGUACUAUGCCACCAACAAAAUCAAGCAUUGACAGAAACAUGUAUUCACGACGACUAUACCGCAAAGCGCAAGUUUUCAAAUAAGUUACAAAGACAAUCAACUUGGAUUCAAGCGUUUUGUCCUGGUGUAAACAUGGAUCGAAAUUAUUCCGACACCUCUACACUUACUCCUAGCGAUGAAAACUCGGAAAGUUCAUAUGAUCAAAGUUCCUCUCCUGUCAAAUGCGAAUGUGGAAAAACGCUAGAAUCAGGAUGGAGCUGUGAGAACUGCCGCAGAAAUUGUCCGUACUGUAAUCGCAUGCUAACAACAGACCCUGAAGAUUAUUGUACAAGAUGUUACCGUUAUUGUACCCAACAUGGUGCAUAUCUUAUCAUUUCAUUGUCACCCACUGAAAAUAGCUCGGCAAAAGUAUGCCCAAAGUGUGCAGAGAGCUAA